AUGUCUCAUCAAGGAGGAGAAUCACUUGGACCUCGUGGAUUGACCAUUGAACAGCAAAGAAAGAUUGCUGCUAUUCAAUCACAAGCAGCAUCUGAUUCUCUGCUUGCGUCCAAUGAACGUUUUUCGGUUGAUCGCGUUGAAUCUUCUCUUUAUGUCGGUGAAUUGGGACCUGAAGUCAAUGAUGAUAUCCUGAAGCAACACUUCAAGCUGGCCAAGAGUGUCCAUGUGUGCCGGGAUCGUGUCAGCGGCAAGAGCUUGGGCUAUGCCUAUGUCAACUUUCAUCGCGCAGAGGAUUGCUCUCACACUCUUAGAAACAUGAACUACUCUCUCAUCAAUGGUAGACACUGCCGCUUGAUGAUGGCUGAAAGAAACUCCAACAAAAGAACACAGGGCAGUGGAAACAUCUUCGUCAAAAACUUGCCAGCCUCCGUCGAUGAUAAAUCCUUGCACGAUACAUUUUCUCAAUGGGGAAACGUUGUUUCUUGUCGAGUGGUCAAGAACCCCAACGCUGUUCGCUGUUACGGCUAUGUCAACUAUGAUUGUGUUAGUGCUGCUGAAAGAGCAAUCGAGCUCGUUAACGGAUCCAUCCUCUUUGGCCGAGAAAUCCAAGUUGGCCAUCAAAUCCCAAAGUCUGAGAGAGAAACCAUCCAAGAUCAGAGCAAACAGCAGCAAAAGUUCACCAAUCUGUACAUCAAGAAUAUCGCAUUGGAUGUCACUGAGGACGACAUCAGAGGACUUUUCACGGCUUUCGGUCCUGUUUCCUCCAUCUUGAUUCAACGUGAUGAAUACAAAAACUCAAAAGGGUUCGGCUUUGUGAAUUUCGAGAACCCUGAAGAUGCUGAGAAGGCGGUGCAUCAGCUGAACGAUCAAGAGUAUCGAGGCAAGAAGCUGUUUGUUUCUAGAGCACAAAAGAAAUCAGAGCGUGAAGACGAGCUGAGACGCCAGCAUGCUUAUCAGAUCCCUGUAGAAAAACCUGUCAAAUAUCAAGGCGUCAAUCUGUAUGUCAAGAAUUUAGCCGAUACGGUGGACGAUGAUCUGCUGAGGGAGGAAUUUGCUCGUUAUGGCCAUAUUACAAGCGCCAAGGUGAUGAAGGACGAGCGAACUGGCGUUUCCAAAGGCUUCGGCUUUGUGUGCUUUACCUCGCCCGAAGAAGCAACUGAAGCAGUAAUUCGCAUGAAUGGCUACAGAAUUGCAUCGAAAGAAAUUUAUGUAGCAUUAGCACAACGCAAGGAAGAUCGUCGUAAUUUCUUGGAGGCUCAAAUCAGCCAAAAGAGCGCCUCGAGUUCCUCCAGCGCUAGCCCUGUUCAAUCACGCCAACAGUUGCAGCCUACCGAAGCCGUCAGUGCCAUUCCACCUCAGUUGACAUGGGAGGCAUUGCAAGCUUUCUCAACCGAGACGCAGCGCCAAAUGCUGGGAGAGCGCAUCUACUCUAUCAUAUCUGAAAUCUAUCCUCAAGAAUCGGGCAAAUUGACAGGAAUGAUGCUUGAAAUGGAUAAAGCCAUUCUCGUUCAACUCGUAAAUCAACCAAAUCAGUUAGUGGAAAAGGCAAAGGAAGCUAUUCAAGUACUUCGUGAGCACGAUACGUCAUUGAUUUAG